ACCUUGUGAAGGGCUGCUCGGUACAUGGGCGCGCUGUGAAAUGGGGUUCCCAUCUAUGGCUUCCAUUUUAUUCUCCCUCUUUUCAUCCUGUCUGGUUCGUCCCAAGAGAUCUGAACAUGAGCCCCAGUCCCGGAUGGAGGCGGAGGCGGAUGACGAGAUCAACGACGAUCCUGUUGUCGGUCCAGAUGACUCAACGUGGUUGCUUCAUCAGCCCCAGCCAACGUACAUCGAGGUCGACCCCGUUGUAAAGACCGAGAUGGAGGCUCUACGGAGUAUCGUCCAGGAUGCAGAGAAUCAAAUGCUUAACAUCACAGAUAAUCAGCCCUUCCUGUUUGACAAACAACCAGCCUAUAAACAUAACACCCCUGGUUCUUGCUCCUCCCGUUCUUCCUCUGUUUGCCACAGCGAUACGUUCUAUUACGAAACCGGGAAUUACUCAUACCAUGAUCGAAUCGCCCCUCCCCCUACCCGACGGAACUCGAUCACUCAACAACCCUCCCAUUCCCAACACCUCCAACGCCAUCAUUACCACCACCAUCAUAACGGUUACAACUCUCCUUCACGUUCAAGUCUAGGCUACGACGACGAGGAUGAAGAUGACGAAGAUGAUGAAGACGAAGAUGGAUAUACCAGGGCUUUUCGUCGUAAACCCAAGCUCAAUGUGAAACUUAUCCCUGUUCCUAUCGGAGGCAUCAGAGCUGCUGCUGCGGCCGCCAACGCAAAAACAAAGAGGAGAAAAGAACGACAAGAGAAGAAUGAAUCUUCUUCUAGGGCUUUCGGUACAUCUGGAUACAGAGGAAGACCAAGGGAAACAGAACCGGAGAGGAGAAAGAAAAGUGAAGAUAGUUUAAUUCAAGUUAGGGAAUUGAAUGAUAAAGACCGAGAAGCGAUCAUUGAUUGGUCCGAUAGGAUAAGGAAACAUUUAGAGGAGUCGUACAAAUAUCCCGAACCUCAUCCAAUCCUUGUUCGGAAAUGGGGGUCAUAACGUUGGACCUCAAUGCCCCUCUCCCAGAGUCUUCCACAAACAUGACACCACCUUUGUCUCCUGUUUAUCAGGAGGAUGCUCAGUGGUGUGCCUUUUUCCCCUGAGUUCCGUCUUGCAGCCCAUCCUUGGCCGCGAUAUUACACUCUGCUCCUACAUUCCAACUUCACGUUUUGACAUUGGAUACCCACUCUGCACAAUCCGCCGUCCCGCACCCCGCACCAACCGUUCCGUCUUGUAUUAAUAAUUUUAUUUCGCACCGUUAUUGUUUAUCGAAUUGAAAAUCGUUAACUCGCU